UAUUUUAUUACAAUACGAAGAACAGGCGUUAGUUCGUGUUGAUUCAUCAGUUUACCAUUCAAAUAUUUGCGUCGCAUUUUUUAAAUUAACACAUUUUCCGUUGUUUUGUUCUUGAAAAUUUUUUAUAUGGCCUAUACUAUACUGUGUGUGUCAGAGAGAGAAACCCCGCAGAUUCGUUUGUUGCGCUCUUUAGUGAUGUAGAACAAUAUAUCGAUUUAUACUUGCAUGUGGUAAUUACUUUGUGCCUAAAGAGAUUUUCAAUGAAUGGAUAUAAUUCGGAUACCAUUUAGUUCAGCUUCAUGUCUUCUGUGUUCAGGUCAACCUUGUACUGUUAAUGAAAUCAUGUGUACUCCUUUUUCUUGGGCUAACCUUGUGCAAUAGUUAUGUAAUAAUGUGCAUGAGGACAAAGGAUGAAGGAAUGUGUAAAAGCAUUGAGGAGUUGUACUUUUAAUUUUCCUGUGGAUGUGGAUUAAAGUAUGAUGUGGAUUAAGGUGUGAAGGUAGUGAACUCAGAUUUUAAAGUAGUGUUGAUUUUGUUUAUGAGCCAACAGCUGAUUUAUUCCAUAGCUGCUGGAAAUAAUAAAUUGUGGUAACUGCAAGUGUAGCCUAAGCUUAUGUUCCAUAAUGCAAAGACUCAAAAGAAAUACAAGUUACAGAAUGGAUUAGGUUUCAAACUAAAUCCUCAUUUUGGCAACAAAUGUGCAAUAACAUAAAUAAUUUAGACCAGGGCUUCCCAAACUUACUAUUGAGGGAUGAUUCACUCUCUUAAAACCACAUUAUUUCUGAAAUAGCUAUGCAUGGCUUGAAGAAUGAAUGUUCCAUAUGCUCACUCUAGGAAUUUGAAUCAGGCAGAAUACUUUUCAGACUAGCAAUUCUUUCAUUUUUCUGUCAUGCACUGUAUAGCAAAUGAUUCCUUCUGACAGAGGUAACAUGCAUAAUUGAUUUAUAGACAGAGAGGUGAAAAUUUUUAGUGACAAAUACUUGGGGAUCCCAAAUACGGAAACAGUACGCCUAGGACCUAAUUUGAGAACAGUGCUUACACACAAAAAAAAGAUGUGUAUACCACUUUCCCUGUGGAUAUGGGAUUUAUAAGAACAAACUUGACAUCAAAACAUACAGUUAUGCAAACUAUGACCCAUGUGUAUGCACAUUUUCCACACAGAUUUCACUCAAAUCCCUUCACUUCAUAUAAAAAUACACAGCCUUCCAAUAAUCACGUCCCUUGUCAGAGGAACAUUUAAGCUGAAGUAGUUUCAGUCUUUUUGAUGUUAGAGAGAAAGUCCAUAUUUAAGCACCCAGACUGUCUGAAAAACGAUAUUAUCGCCGGCGACACCUCCCAUUCAGAGUUUUAGCUUAUGCCAUCAGAGAGGCGAGUCCCACAGCACAGAAUCAUAAGGUUAAAAGGCUCUUUUAUUCUGAAAUCGAAUGCUGAAUGUGAGGUCCAACAAUGUGAUUUCAUUUUGAUGGUGAGGUGUUUCAUUGGGAAGAUAUAGCCUAUAGGCUGAUGCAAUCUCUGUAUGUUUUAUUCUGAUGUAUCUGACUUUCAUGUUUACAACUGUGCCGCUUUAAGAUGCAACGCAUAUCAAUAUUCAUAAUGGGGGUUCCACGAACCAUUUAUGGCUAAUUGUGGGAGUUAAUGGGGUGGGAUACUAGGCUAAUGCACCUACGCAGAAACUGAAGUUUUUCCUAGAGAAAAUUGCAUGCAGGUGAGCAUACAGAUGGUUUUGUAAAACAGGAUAUUUUUAACGUUAAAUACUUUUUUUGUGUGUGUGCGCCUACUUAGAGUUAAUCCUCCAAAGUUUGUGGAAAAUUUGUUCAUAAACAAAGCAAGCAACAAUGAGCUAAACCUGCAUUGUGUUAAAAUAAGGGAAAAAUGGGGAAAUAACUUACCCAAUGUUUCCAAAAUCCUUAACUGAUAAAGAAGUUGGCUUUACAAAAACAGCAUAUGUGGGGGCCAUAGGACCAAGUUUACAAAGCCCUGAACUAUGGCUCUCGAUGAGCAAGUAUAUUUGAUGUGUUGGAUAUGCAAGAUGUGGACACUGGACAUACUUAAUUUAUAGUAAGACCAAUUUUAAGAAGGCUGAAGAUUUCCAAUGCCUGACUCCUGAUGCCAAGCACAAAGAUGGGCUGUUGCUACCAACCUUUUGCCAGAAGUCAUUAGCUGAACAUAUAGGUCUCAGUAUCACACAUUUCAAAAGAAAAACAAUACAGCGGUUUGAAAAAUAUCUGUGACAGGAAGUUACUUUUCAAUGAAUGUACCAGCACAACCACAAAUGUGUACCAAGUAGUGUCAUUCAUUGCGCAAAUGAGUGUCCUUAGGCUGCAGUCCAAUUCCCUCAUGCACUUACACUGGCCACAUGAGGAUAUCCUUUGACAAUACAGAAGUUGUUUGUGCACUCUCAAUUAAGGAAAGUACACAAAAUGAGCUCCACCACCCUCCAUUUUGCAACAGAGAAUGAGACUACUGUACCAAGCUGCUGGCUUUGGACAGAGAAAAUGCAAAGACUCCUUUGUAAAUCCUGAUUUCCUGUUACCUAACCCCUGCUAUUGUAAGUCUACAAUAGCUAAUACUUUGAUAUUAUGCCUAGAAUUCUAUUUUUGAAUGAUUAUUAAAUUUACAUAGAUAAUGAAACUAGCUACAUAACCAUUGGAACCUCAGUAGUUAAGUUACUAUAGACAACACAUUAGCAAACUAGCCAGAGAAAGGUAAGCAAUUUUAGGGCUGCAAUAUAUUUAUGACCAAUACACAACAAGACACAGUAAUGUCAAAAAUAAGGCAUUUAAGAUCAAAUUCAUAAGUGCAAUGUGCAACCGUUUUUGCAAUAUAUUUUACCUCUGGAUCUCUUGCCAAAGCAAGCAACCUAGUAGUGGCUAAUGCUCGCUAGUUGGCAAUCAGUGCUAAUGCGAGAUAGUUAGUGGCACUACAAGUGAGCAUAUUUUCAUAUAAGCUGCAGUGGGCAACUUUUUCAGUGGUCAGAGUUCUGUAGAAAAGAAGUGAUGAUUUUGUUAAAUUCACUAGCUAGUUUGACCUUGCCAGUUUACUAGCUUAGCCAUCUUGGAGAAACAGCUGAAUGUUAUAGGGUUAGCAAAUUAGGUCAAUGGAUUUCCUUCAUAUUAGGUCGUAGCUAACAUUGGCUAGCUAGCCGUUCUGGUAGCAUUCUAUUUGUUUCCAUUACAUCACAAAAGUCUAACCAGGGACCACGAUAGACAGUAACACAUAAAUGCCACAAACCAGAAAAGGAGUCAACGUCUACAUAUAACAAAAAGUUUUAAAUAUGAAGACAAACAUACAAAACAUUACCAUAUGUAGGUUGACAGGAUGGCCCAGGCAGUAACCAGGCCAAAGCUAAACUACUCCUUACCUAAAACAAUUUGCAAUACUGACCCUCCCUACCGGGGCAAAGCAAAAGGAGUGAGUCUUCCAGCAAACCCCUACUUCCCUACUCUGACCUAACUAUCUGAAAAGGUGUUGAAAACAAAGUAAAAAAGAAAAAACUGCCUGGCCAACUGCAACAGAAAAGUAUACCCACACAAAACUAAAACAGAAAACAAAUCAUGUGGCAAAACACAGUAACUUAAGUGUUCUAAUGCACAACCAAGCCAGCCAAAAACAAGUGCCAAGAAGUCAAAGAAAGCCCCAUAUCUGCAAUGUCUUCAGGCUUUUAUUCAUUUUAAGCUGUCAGGUGGGCACAGGUGCACAUCAUCAGCAAUCAGGGAAUCAGGUCUUCAAUUAGCUGAAGACCCAGACACAGGCAGGCAGAAACCCCACAAAACAAGAAGACGUAACGGUUGCUGGCUGACAGAAGUACAUUUUCCAUAGAAACAGGUUAUAGGUGAAAUGAAUGUUGUAUCUUUUCUCUGUGAAAGUUUUCCUUUCUUGACCUUCUUUUUUGGUAUCCCGAAGGAUACUGUAAGUCCUUUUUGAUGCCAUAUUACAAGUCAAGCUUUUCAAGUUUCAGUCAUAGCUUUCAUUGAGUUCAGCAAUCAAUAACGUCACUUCGGGUUGAUUGCCCAUGGGCUUCAUCAAUUCAAGUAUUGUAAAUAUUUGUUAUAAGAAAUGUCGUUUUAUAACCCUGUUCAUCGACAAGUUUUAGUUACAAUUAAUGUUACUUAUCCUAGUGCUUCUCCCUUUGUGUAUUUGUGUAGAAAAUGGAGUUGUUUCACUUUAUUUGAUCAGCCCACUAUGGUAUCCUUCUGUGCGGCAGGAAACGCUCUGAGAUAGGAUUUCUCAAUUAGUCCGAUGUAUGGGUAGUGCUGCAACUGCCACUUCCUCUUUCCUUUCUCGGCACACUCCAUUUCAAUGAGGACAAAUGGUCAGUUUUGUCAAAAUGGAAAUGACUAGAGUGGUUGUAUUCAGUGUUGUGUUCUUCCUGGGUAAGUACCAUUAAAAGCACAACUGCAUGAAUAAACAUAAGCUGUGUGGUGUAUGUGGUGCAUAGAUAUAGUGUUAAGUGUGCAUUUGUAAUAGCACAUGCAGAUUAUGGCUUUUCUCCACAUGCAUGAUUUGUGAAUAUACUGUAUUAGAGAUGCAACUUGUUAUACUAAGAAAUGAUCGGCAGGGGGAGAUAAAGGGUUGAACUUGCGUCAGUCUUCAGGCACAUCCAUCUCAGGGUGUGACUGCCUUACCAUCUGUCUUUUCUAUUUUUUUGUCCAUAUCUAUACAGAACAUCAAUUCAAUUUUUUAUCCAUAUCUAUACCAAGCAGCAGUUCUAUUUUUUUGCUACUGUUGUUCUAUUUUGGACAUUGAGAAUCUGAGACAGCAUAUAAUUUACCAGUAUCUGCUCUAUUGAUUUUGUGUUUUGUUCAGAACCUGUGGAAUUAAAUGUUUUAAGGCCUCUCAUUUUAAAAAGGAGUCAUAUGGAUUCUCUGAUUCACAAUUUGCAGAGACUAAGUUGGAUAUAAAAAACAAAUGUUUCAUAUUUUUGAGAAGUCCUCAUUUUGUAUGCCAAAAUUAAAAGUGGAAUUUUUUUUUUGCAUGAAUUCGUCUGCAAGAUUGGAAGUGAAAGAAGAACCCUACACUGCUUUUUUUGGAGAAGAUGUGCACCUCCCCGUUCCCUCUCUGAAGACCACGGAGGUGCUGUUCAAGCCCAGCGUUGGCCCGGAGGGCUCUGAGGACGUUCUGAUGAGAGACGGGGUGCUGCUUGGCUCUCGGGCCAAGCUGAACCCCCAACGCAGUCACCUGAUCCUGGAGGACGUGGGGGAGAAGGACGAGGGCGUGUAUGUCAUUAAACACACGGACACUCCAGAGGACGUCAAGCACAUCAUUCUCAUGGUCAGAGAUUGCACCAUAGAGCAUAAUCUUAAAUAUGGCGAAACGUACCUGAUCUCCCUGAGCAAAAUUUUGGGCCCAAUCACCCUGGAGUUCCGGUCCAGCGUGCUGCAGCUCAACCAGACCUCGGACGGCCCGGUUCUGCUCCUGAACCAGACCUGGACCCCCAGCGAGGAGUACAAGGCCCGUCUGACCGCGUCAGAGAAGAGGGUCAUCCUGCACACCGUGACUGGCUCAGACGAGGGCAGCUACACCAUUCUGGACUCUGACGAGAAAGUGAGGAAGAGGACGUGCCUGAACGUGAAAGAGCACCAGGUCUUUGUCCAAUUACCGUACGCCGGCACACUGAAGAUCAACCUGAUUCUGGACCCCUCCAAAGUAACGGUGCAGUACAGGCAGAGGUCCAGCGGCAGGGCACGGCUCAUUCUGGACCGGGGGGAGCUGGUGGUGCCAGGGGAGCCCAGCCUGGAUAAAAGGCUCUCAGUGGAUGGGUCCAUGUUAAUCCUGGAGCGGGUGCGCUUCAGUGAUUCGGGGCAGUUCACGGUGACCGACUUGCAAGGUUUCGUCAUCUCCAACACCGAAGUGGAGGUGGAAGCCUACAAGCUGCCCCCUCUUUACGUGGCGAUAAUCUCUCUCCUGUCGCUGCUCGUCUUCCUCCUGUUUGUGUGCCUGCUGUCCUGCCUGGCGAAGGUCCACUAUCGAGCCAAGCGGGCGAGGGCCAUAGCGCGCAUCGCCCAGGAGGCUGGCAAGGGGGACGGCGAAACCUUCCGCCAGGUGGUCCAUGAGGCCUACACCAGGUUCACUGAGGAAUCCACUAUGAAGUCCCAGUGGGACAGCAACACCGACAACACAGAAGCUGACAUCAAGGGUCUAGAGGUGUCCAAAGGGGGGCGCUACCACACCCUGCUCUCGGAUAAAAAUUUCCUCGAAACGAGCGACUCAGGGGUGGAGUUCAACAUCUCCGGCUUCCCGCUGGACAGCGACACGGACGUGCCCCCGUCGUACCUAUCCUUCCUGGACUCUGACCAGCCCAAUGGAACGUCCGCCCCGGACCCCGUCCAGAGCACCAAGCAGGCCCCCGACUCUCAACCUGGUGGGGGCAGCGGCGGCACCGCGCAGGGGCCCAGGGUGGGGUCCUCACCGGAGGUGGGCCUGAGCCCCGGGGCCAGCCACGAAAUGGCGGCUCCGCCUCCCGAAGCUGAUCCCGCGAACGAGGCGGACAAGGACUCCGCCCCGCCCAGCAAUGCCGGCGCCGGUCAGGAUGCCAACGGCGAGAAAGCUGCCAACUAAGGGACCCCCCCCCAUCCCCCCCCGCCCCCCGAUCUUUUAGAAGCUUGGCGCCCCCCAACCCCCAAAAUCUUGACAAUCUUGCUCCCCAGCAAAUAGACCCCCCUAACGCACACAGCUAAGUUCAGUUCGCUGCUAAUACGGCAGGGACAAAAUCCAUGGGUAACGCUUUAACAGCUUCUAGUUCUUUGAGAUUAUGAUGCAUGACUGUCACUAACCACACAUGUUAACUUGCAUCUUUGAUCUACCUGAAAAUAGGCCAAGCAAGUUUAUUACAGUCUUUGUACAUGUUCAGGUAUGCUUCAAAUGAACUAUGCGCUGAAGAAAACCAAAAUGUUUGGUACAAUAAGGUAAAUGCUUGGUUCAUGGCCAAACAAAUACUAACCCAGGGUUUCAUUCUAAAAAAACAUACAUUGAACCAUACAUUAAAACGCUGGGUUUCAACGUUGUAUAGCUUAUGCUACAAAGAACUUGUUAUUGCUAUAUAUUCUCUAUUAAGAAUACCUACAGAUCCCACACAAAACACCAGUGAGAAAAUAAAUGGCAGAACAUGAAACCGUCGAGAAAAGAGCAGAAAACACUUAAGAACAUUGGAUCACAGCGCCUGAAAACCCUCAGCUUGUUAGCUUCCACUCCAAAUCAGACGUUCUCUCAAAUGAACAGCCACCCGCUGCACUUAACAGACACCAUUACAAACUCAGAUUUUCUUGAGACAGCAUUUCACAAAAUGAUAACAUUGAAAUGCCAACCUCGCCAAACUCUGACUCGCAACACAACCUCCCCAAAUGUGUGAGACUAAUCAGGUCUCCAUUUACACUGUAGUUAAUUCUUUGGGGGAAAUGUCAGAUAAGCAUGGUCAGUUAAUCAUGUCCCUUUUUUUGUGCACGGCGUAGAACCAUGGUUACACAGAUGCAGAGCCGCCAGAAUGUAUGUGUUCAGCUGCUCAUUUGAUAGCACUGCACUGCUCCGGUACUGUGUGGUAGUGGACACAGUCUCAUAAAGGUCACCCAGCCAACUGCCUUUACCGCUAUUUAGCAUCUGAAAUAGAUGAAGAAGAAAGUGGCAGUGUUGGAUAGAUUCUCUAGUAAGCCAUUUCAGCCAUGUUAGAAUUUUCACAUCAGGUUUAAUCACAACAUCAGCAUUGCUAUGCUACCAGUUAAAAUUCUUUACAAAGUUGUUUGUUAUAGUUUUAUAUGUCUUUCUGAAGUCUCUCAAGAAUGUAACUCCCAUAUAAAUGGAGCCCUGAUAGUAUUUAACCUCCGUAUGCCCAAACUGAAAGAACCUAGUCCAGCUCUAACACAUCCCACGGCUGCCAUCUGGUUCCUUAUGUAAAUGUAAGACAGGAAGGUGGCUCGAUCACAGCUCCGCAAUUUCUUGUCCUGCAUCUAGCGAUGCAUUUAAACCGAUCUGUGACUUUGUCGUUGGGAUCCAGUGUUACAUACGCAAGCAAAACGCAAAACCUGGUGCUGGAGAUGCAGCGGAGUUCACCCCUGUGGCUGAGAUUACCAGCAGUCAGCUAGUGGCAUUUCUGGAGUGGCCCUCCUCUCUGUACUAACAGCCAACUGGGAGGUCAAACCCUCAACUUUAGGGAUCCCUAAACUCGUCCCACUAUACAUAUCCUGGCAAUGGACACAGUUUUGAAUGACCCUGGAUGUCACCCCAUCCGUACGCUUCUGAUCUCCCAUGUGGCCCUAGCUCCUGGGCAAAGCAGAGCAGGAACAGGAGGGACUGCGAUGACGGCAACAUCAUAAUACUCAAAGAGAUUGAGCAGCAACACCGCAGACCUACUGAACACCUAGAUGCCUGUGCCCCACAACAGCCUAACAUGUCUCACCCACCGUGCCCACUGGAUAUCUCCACAUUACAACUGCUCACCAUCAUCCAAGGCACUGAACACAUCAAUGAGACACUGAGCACUUUAAUACUCUUCAAACCGACACCCUUUUGAUGUCAGAGAGGCACCCCCUGGAUUGCAGAGCGUGCCGCAGCCCUGCAGAUCCACAGACGAUGGACUGCAUGAUGGUUACAUCACACUGCUUAUAACUUGAGUUAAAGCAGGCCAAUCACUACUGAACCCAGAUAUGAGACUGCAGAUAUGAGAUGUUUUUUUAGGAAACACAGGAAAUAGACAUGGGUACAGUCAGGGUACAGCCAACUUGAAGAACUAUUCAUCCAAUUCAGUGUUGGGAAUGUGUGUUUUACUACAGAGAGUAUAAGGGUGGAUGUGGAUUUUAGUGCAUUGGAAAGGUUGAGCAGGUGGACAGGUUUGUUGAAGGCCCAGGUUUCAUUUCAGAAGUAGAGGGACGCUGUCACAUGACAUACGCGGAGGUUACAGUCAUCUUGCUGGGAUGAAUUAGCAUUUCUGCCUCCCAUUUCAGCACAGCACAGAUAUCCAUGGAUGAUUCCUCUAGUUCAAAGCAAUGAGGCAAACACAUUUAGUGGGUCUCCACAAAAAGCACAGAUUUUACAAAAACUCACUUAUUUAACAAAAGUUCAAAGCAAAACUUCAUAACAUCAUGAAAUUGUAUCUUGUAAGUAGAUCCAUCUACCAAAAGCUAAACAAUUUUCUCUUUUAUGUUCUUUUUUUCUUUUUACAAUUGGAGCUUUUUUGAGCAUAUACAAUAUGAGAGAAAGAUUUGGUAUUGCAGAUGUGAACAUAUGACAAUGGAGAGUGUCUUUUUCACACAUGAAAAAAGAAUGCAUAUGAAAUCCAACAAAUGAAACAAGUGAAAUCCAAACUAUAAGAAAUAGAUGUUUGAAAAAAUAAAACACAACACUGUCUGGGGUAUUGUCAGCUUAAUAAGUGUCAUUCUAUGCUUUAUAGUCUGUGUAUGAAACAGCUUAAAUAAUUUUAGAAUCAUCAUAUCAAUCAUUAAGUAUAAAGCUACAUAUGAGAUGCUGACAAUAACUGAGCUGUUCGCUAAUAUUUUAUUCCUUGUACUUUGGAUUUUCUAGACAGGCAUAUACCUUUUUCAUACGGGCAUUACAAUUGUAUGUACAUUUAUAUUAUAUAUACAUUCAAUUUGUGGUAUUCAUUGCAGGGUGUAGAAAUAGGGAUUUGUCACACUUUCCUGGAUUUUGAUUAGAUUAAUAAUUGUGACUGGCAUUGCAAAAGGCCUUUAGUCAUUCUAGUCAGAAAGCAUCCAUUAAUCCCAGGUGACACUGCCUACCGUGUCUAGACUCAGAGCAGAGACCUCUCCUUUUAUGUGAAUUGGAGAGGGACCAGGUUUUGAUUUGAUCCACAACCACAAUAUUGUUUUAACACACACACAUACACACACACCUUGCAUGCAGGGUAUAUAGUAGCCUACAUACAAACACCACAACCCCUUCAGGCAUCUCUGUAUAUAUUGCAUGCGUAGAGAUAAAGCUGUUUACUUAUGCAAAUCUUAUGCAAGCUUUCACAUCCAAAGGGCACAAUAAUCCUCAUUCUUUUCCCAUCCCAUGCAAAUAUAUUUACAUCUAAUAUAAAUGUUAAUUAAGAAAUUACUCUCAUUGAUUUUGUGAGUUAAUGCCUGAGAGAUCAAAACAAUUUUUUUUUAAAUGUUGGUGGCUCUUUCUGCAGGAGCCAAUAGAACCAUCAUCAUUGAAUCAUAACCCAAACCCAGAUACACAAGAGUAUUAUUUUGAUACUGCUAGGCACAGUAGGAGUAAUAUUUUAUUGCCACGAUUACAAAUGCGACUAGUAAUGUACCUAAUAUAAUAAAUAUUCGUUCUUAUAAUAAUUCCUCUCAUAUAUUAUGCGCACAAUUACAAAUAAAAAUGUUAUGAUUGCUGAAGCAUGCUGAGCUUUUAGAUUGCCUGUAAGACAGUUUUAUGCAAGUUUUCAUUAAUAUACAUGUAACCUUACCAAUCAGUGUCUGCCUGUACAGUCAGAGUAGUAUUACUAUUGAAAUGGGUUGAAGAAUGGGUAUGUCAAUAUGAUAUACAAACAUAUAUUCGAUCUCACAUGAACAGUACUAUCAUAAAAGGUCAUUGAUAUUUCUUAUGCCUUUGCCUGAAAAGUACAGAAUUAAUUUAGUCUUUAAUAACAGUAUUGGCUUUUGCACCUAACCUUUUUUCCGAUAUGUUUUGAAUACAUUACAGUAUGGCAACACACUGAAGUUAUACUAUGGUACAGCAUGCUUAAAAUAUGAUUUAUAUAUUUAAUCAACAGCUGAAACUUUCGUAUUGUGGUUAAAGGAUUGUUGUAUACUGAGGACACAAUGCCUAUGACACAAGAAUGAGUGCUGCACUCUCAAAACAUGUUCCACUGACUCAUAUUGUACUUCGCUACCAUGUAUAAACCUUAACUCUAUUUUCAGUUUUUAAUGAACAAUAUGUGAUGUUUUACAUUUAUAGAUCUUAUGAUACUGUUUUUUGCAUCUGCCACAGAUUUUUGUAAAACAUGUUUUCUUGAAGGAAUGACUUAAAGUAAUAAUAAAAAAAUGAUUUUGAAAAGACACGCAAGAAAGGAA